GUGUGAGGGUGUGUGUGAGGGUGCGUGUGUGUGAAAGGGCGGAACAACCCGUCAACAUUGAGGCAAUUUCUUUAUCGGGACAUAGUUUACGAGCGGAUUACCGCGGACGGUCCGUGUACCAUAAGGAACAGGAUUAUAUUUAGCAAUUUGUUUGACUAGAAUCAUUUCUGCGGAAACUUUGUAUCGCACUUAGUGUUUAAUUUAAGUCGUGAACAGUUCUCGACUAUUUAUUCCUUUAUUUCUUUAUUAUAAGCAUGGAGAUGAGCUGGUGGACUUUGCUGUUACUCCUGCUGAUGUUUGUGUCCAGAGGAAACACUGGUGAAUGCCCUGAACCUGUCCUGGAGGUAAAUGUGUUGUUAAGUGACUCUGCUCUUCUGAAAAAUACAUUUCCUGAUGGAACUGUUGUCAGUCUGGAGUGUGCUACUGGUUAUUUGGUGGAUCAGGGCUCCAACAACAUCACAUGUGUUAAUGGUGAAUGGAGCAAACAGGAGCUCACCUGUAAAAAAAAAGACUGCGGUCCUCCCACACCAUCCCCCAAUAUGAAAUUUAACAUCCCAAAUGGAACAUUGUUUGGUGUAUACAUCAGAGUAUACUGUGACCGCGGGUAUUACCUAAAAGGCUCCAGCAAUAAGCAGUGUCUAUCACAUGGCUGGACUGGAAGGUCAAGGUGUCUGUUGGUAACCUGUGAGAAGCCUCCUGAGAUCCCUCAUUCUGUCAUAGUCAGUAAUCAUAACAAGGGAACCACUGAAUUUGGAGAUGUCAUUGAAUACCGCUGUGAACACAACUACACUCUUGUUGGCAAUAAAUCAGUUGUUUGUCAGGAAAAUGGGAAAUACAGUUCACUUCCACAGUGCAAAGGUGAAUGUCCUGAACCUUUCCUGGAGGGAAAUGUGGUGUUAAGUGACUCUGCUCUUCUGAAAAAUACAUUUCCUGAUGGAACUGUAGUCAGUCUGGAGUGUGCUACUGGUUAUGAGGUGGAUCAGGGCUCCAACAACAUCACAUGUGUUAAUGGUGAAUGGAGCAAACAGGAGCUCACCUGUAAAAUGGUAACCUGUGGGAAGCAUCCUGAGAUCCCUCAUUCUGUCAUAGUCAGUAAUAAUAACAAGGGAACAAUUGAAUUUGGAGAUGUCAUUGAAUAUCGCUGUGAACACAACUACACUCUUGUUGGCAAUAAAUCAGUUGUUUGUGAGGAAAAUGGGAAAUACAGUUCACUUCCACAGUGCAAAGGUGAAUGUCCUGAACCUUUCCUGGAGGGAAAUGUGGUGUUAAGUGACUCUGCUCUUCUGAAAAAUACAUUUCCUGAUGGAACUGUAGUCAGUCUGGAGUGUGCUACUGGUUAUGUGGUGGAUCAGGGCUCCAACAACAUCACAUGUGUUAAUGGUGAAUGGAGCAAACAGGAGCUCACCUGUAAAAUGGUAACCUGUGGGAAGCAUCCUGAGAUCCCUCAUUCUGUCAUAGUCAGUAAUAAUAACAAGGGAACAAUUGAAUUUGGAGAUGUCAUUGAAUAUCACUGUGAACACAACUACACUCUUGUUGGCAAUAAAUCAGUUGUUUGUGAGGAAAAUGGGAAAUACAGUUCACUUCCACAGUGCAAAGGUGAAUGUCCUGAAACAUUCCUGGAGGGAAAUGUGGUGUUAAGUGACUCUGCUCCUCUGAAAAAUACAUUUCCUGAUGGAACUGUAGUCAGUCUGGAGUGUGCUACUGGUUAUGUGGUGGAUCAGGGCUCCAACAACAUCACAUGUGUUAAUGGUGAAUGGAGCAAACAGGAGCUCACCUGUAAAAGAACUUUGAUAAGUUUCAUUGCGUUUGAUAAGUUUCAUUACAUUGGUUUUGUUGUCCUUGUAGCCGCUGUUGUCCUAUGCAUAUAUUUUCUUGCAAAAUCUUUGCAGAAACGAAAAGGAUCAUAUAACACCGGGGAAGCAAGGAGGACAAAAGAUCCAUUGAAGCUAAAAGACACCUUCACUUUUUACUAAUUUCAGAUCCCCUAAUCGCACUUCUCCUGUCUGCCAAUCCAAUUCUGAUCCAUGCAGUGUUCAAGAGCACAGUAUUACCUCAUGACCGGAAAUAUUUUUUUUUGCACAUUGAUAUUAUCAUCAUCUCCUCUAUGAGUUGAUUUCUUGUUCCAUUUUUUCAAAGUCUAAAAUUCUGCAUCCUGGAAAUCCCCACACUUAAUACCAGCCAUUCCUUCAAACAGAGCUCACCUAAUGUUCAGCGAAAACUUUCUCUCAGAAAUUCUAUCUAAGGUUUGGUCUUCCAGAACAGAAACAGGAACUCAGAUGGUUCUAGGUUGUCCUAAAGUGGUCCUGUCUCAGGUCAGACUACAAUCCUGAGACAAACCAAAAUUAAUCUGUCACACUGUGCUCUUUUUCACAAGUGAACAUGGAAACAGAAAAUCUUUUAUUCAGACCCUCAUGUAGAAACAAACUCAAUUGCACUGACGUCAAGGCCUGCUUUGUGAGGAAGCCAUUGAUUAUUUUUGCCUGAACAAUGGCAAUGCGUUAAACAUCAGACUUGUUUAAGAUUCUAAAUGCUUAAUAUUUUAAAGAAAAUCAAUAGCACUACUCUUUCAGAUGUGUGUUGUUUAGUCUAGCUGAUGGUGUGCAGACUAUAGAGCAAAUAUAUUACAAGAUGAAGUUUUAAAGCACUUUAAAGAUCACUUGUGGCUGAUUAAUGAAUUGUUUGAAUAUGUUUAUGUAAAUAAUCAUGUAAAUAUGUUUUUUAUUAAUACAACUAUUAAAAACUUAUUUAUGGAACUACUUUAAAA